UCAAUUUCUUACGCAUGGACAGAGAGAGUUUUGAUCAACUGCUGGGCAGAGUGUCACCGAUGAUAACCAAAGCUGAUACACCCAUGCGUGAUUCUAUACCCCCUGGAGAAAAACUCGCCAUCACACUUCGAUAUUUGGCCACAGGUGACAGUUACAAGUCUCUAGAAUUCUUGUAUCGGGUACCAAAGAACACAAUUUGCAAUUUCGUCCCUCAAGUGUGUGUGGCAAUUUAUGAAACUCUCAAGAAGGACUUUCUGAAGGUGCCACAGUCAGAAGAAGAAUGGCUGCAAGUCGCAGAGGGAUUUGAGGAGAAGUGGCAGUUUCCACACUGUAUUGGUGCUUUGGAUGGAAAGCAUAUAUCUAUAAAAUCACCUGCCAAAUCAGGAUCACUCUACUACAACUAUAAAAACUUUUUUUAGCAUUGUACUCCUAGCUCUUGUUGAUUCUAACUACAGAUUUGUGUAUGUAGAUGUUGGUGCAAAUGGUAGGUCAUGUGAUGCAGGUAUAUUUGCCAAUUCAUCACUGUAUCAGGCACUGAACAGUAACUCCUUGAAAAUUCCAGGUCCAAAGCCAUUGCCUGGAAGAUGUCUUGAUACUCCCUAUGUGAUUGUUGGGGACGAUGCCUUUCCACUAAAAGAUAACAUCAUGAAGCCAUAUCCCCACCGGGACUUAGUUAUGGAAAGGAAAGUAUUCAAUUACAGACUUUCCAGAGCCAGACGUGUAUCAGAAAAUGCUUUUGGUAUACUGACCAACCGCUUUGGAGUAUUUCAAAGGAGCUUAUCAUUAACACCUGAGACAUGUACAAAGGUUGUUCUUGCAUGUAUUGCUCUACACAACUUUCUGUGUACAACAAAAGACAAAAAAUACACAGAAACAGAAGUUUUUCCACUGGAUAAUGGAAGCAGGCCCCAAUCACUACUUCAACAGGGUGGCAACAGGAGUGCCGAUAAUGCAAGGCAGAUUAGGGAAGAAUUUGCAGAUUAUUUCUGUUCUAAUGGCCAAGUUGAUUGGCAGUGGGAUCACAUUGUCUGAUUCUAUGUAUGAAGUCAAAUGAAGUGUUCAUAUGGAACAAGCUAUUUUCAGCCAUACCUGCAGCUAUUUUCCAAUUCCAAUACAGUAAAAUGGCACUUAUUAUUGUAUUAUUCAUGUUCAGCUUAUGUCAAUGCCGACCGUAAGUUGUUUUAUGUAAUUAAUAAAAUUUUGCAAUAUAUAUCUAUCCAUACCAAUGGAUGUACAAGGUUUAUUAAAAGUUUACAUUCUCACAAU